AUGGCGGAAUGUGUGUAUACCAGUAACAGUUCGGAUAUUGACCGACUUUCUGGGCAAUCUCUAAGAGCUCUCAAUGAUGCGAUAAAAGAAACAAUUCUGGGCGAGGAAGGCUUCAAAACAAUGGAUGACAUUUCUGCCAAAAUAUUUCCGUCCGUUUUCGCAGCAAUCAGAAACUGCUUACAAAAACCCUUACAGAAACAUCCACGUUACGCUAGGAUAGAUUUUCUGUGGACAGGGAGUACCUCUGAAGGAGUGAACAUCCCCAAUAUGUCGAGGAAAGCUGACGGGCAGGUGGAAAUGGAAUUUGAAAUGGAUAUUUUGUGCGUAUUUCGGGAUGUAGAUGUUGGGACUACCAUGGACAGCCCCGUUGUAAUGGUGGAACAAGAAGACACCAGCAAAGGAUAUUUUCUCCUUUAUGUCAACAGCGCAGAGUGCAGACAAAAGUGGGGGCAUUUUUGCACUGUCCCCGGCCUUCCAAAAAGAAAAGAGGAACGUUAUUUAAAUCCUUUACUUAUGGUGGAAGAUUUGUACAAACAAAUUGAACACAUAUUCGGACAAAUUCCACUUUUGAAGGAUAAAUUUACGCUGGAAUUUAAUCCCCCCGCCGUGACGCUUUGUUUAGGAGGCUCUGACAAUGUAAAAGUUAGCUGUGAUGUAGUUGUUGCUUUGGAACUUCCCAUCUCUAAUCUUCCACGAGGAUUCUUCCCUUGGAUUCAAUCUCAUGGACAACCCACGUGGUGCGAAAACGAUACUUUGCAACAAUUACGAAAUGAAAGUUUGCAUUUGGUAGGGAAAUGUUCUCCGAAGGGACAAGCAAGAGUUGAAUGGAGGUUAUCGUUUAAUAGACUUGAACUUGGUCUUCUAAAAGAAAUUCAAGCAAGAUUUCCAUCGGCUAUCACAUGUUAUAGAAUUUUGAAAAGCAUACGGCUGUGGCAUUUGAACUACCCCGAUUUUCUCCAUUCAUACCAUUUGAAGAUGAUAUUCCUACGUGCGUGUAACAUCUUUCCAACAUCUUGUUGGUCGGAAGACAAUAUUGCAUCCAAUAUUCUUGGUCUUCUAGACGAUUUAUUUCAUUCUUUGGCUACCCAUCAUCUUCCAAGCUACUUCUUUCCGGAAUGUAACUUGAUAGAGGGAAUUCAUUCCGAUUUCAUCAUGACAUUAAUACAAAAACUUAGUUACGUAAGAAAAGACCCGAUUCAGCAUGUUAUCAAACUGAAAAGAUGA